AUGGACGAGCCAACGCAUGUGAUCGACCCCGAUGGUGAGGUCAUUAUCGUCUUGAAAGACGCGAAUUCGCCAUUCGCAGUUUGGCCGGAGGAGAAGACUGAAGAUGAAAAGAGCAAGAUUCUCAGAGUGCCGAAUGAAGAUACCACGCCGCAGUCCGAGACGGAAGAGGAAGAGACGGAAGAAAACUGCUUCCGUAUCAGGGUAUCCGCCAAACAUCUCACACUCGUAUCGCCCGUGUUCAAAAGCCUCCUUGUGGGCGGCUGGAAGGAGAGCAGCACAUUCAUUCAUACAGGAUCCACCGAGCUCACUGUGUCGGGCUGGGACCUCGAGGCUUUCUUGGUUGUUAUGCGAAUGAUACACAACCAGCAUACGAAGAUACCGCGCAAGGUCAGCCUUGAACUGUUUGCCAAGAUAAUUGUUAUUGUGGACUACUAUAAGUGCAAAGAUGCGAUUGGAUUCUUUGCGGAUGUGUGGCUUGAUGAUCUGGAUGGCAAUUCGGAACUGCGGAAUAAGAUUGCUUGCACCUUCUCGCGAGAUUUGAUGCUUUGGUUGUGGAUAUCGUGGAUUUUCCAGCGCUCUGAUCAGUUCAAAAUAUCCACUGCUAUUGCUAUUAAAUAUAUCAAAGCGCAGAUAUCGAGUCUGGGUCUUCCUCUCCCGGCAAGACUGAUUGACCAAUUGAACCACGAAAGAGAAAAGGGCAUCGAAUCUGUCAUGGCUGCACUAGAAAAGCAAAGAAGUUUCCUUCUUAGUGAAAACUGGCCAUGCGGUUAUGCGUUCCAGUGUACGUCAAUGAUGCUAGGUGGACUUGAGAAAUACAUGUUCACCAACGGCCUAUUCCCCGCGCCGACGGCUCCUUUCGACGGCUUUGGGUAUCAAGAUCUUGUUGACAAGAUUCGGAACUUUGAGCCACCAACAUGGUAUCACUCUUCAAAUACAUAUGGAUCGCAUUUAUGCAGCGGUUCGAAGCAGGGAUAUCAGCAACUGAAGCUGACGACGGAGUCGACUGUGGGGUUGAAUUUUCUUUAUUCAUACUACUAA